AUGAUAUUUCGAUGGAUUUCAAAAAAGGUUAGUUGAUUUUCUGCGCGCUUCAAAAUCAAUAAUUUUCUAUUUUUUUCAGAUGCUUUUUGGCACCGAUUGUUCAAAGUUUGUCGAAACAAAUCGAAAUCGAAUGUCCGACAAAAUUGUGAUUUUAAGAGAUGGAAUUUCAGGUGAGAUUUUGAUGCUGAAAAUUUUGCAGACAAAUUUUCAAAUUAGUUUUUUAGACUCGGAAAUGCUGAAAUUUCUUCGAAAUGAGGUGACGAUUUUGAUGCGAAAUCGAGAAAAUCCGGCGGAAAAUGAGCCCGAAUAA